CCAUCAAUUUCAUUUUCGUUUUUUGGUUUUAAUUUCUCUUUACGAAAUCAUGGAAUCGGAGAAAGAGAUGGAGAUAAUAGGCAAUAUGGCAAGUUGCUUGAUUCUUCUGUCCAACUCUACGUCGAACCAAAACGACGACGUCGGAGGAGGUCGCGUCUUCACAUGCAAGACGUGCAACAAGGCGUUCCCCUCUUUCCAAGCCUUGGGCGGCCACCGUGCGAGCCACCGGAGAUCAGCGGGGAUGGACGGUCACGCACCACCGUCGCCGAGGAAGCCGGCGACGCAUGACUGCCCCAUCUGCGGGGCGGAGUUCGCGGUGGGGCAAGCCUUGGGCGGUCACAUGAGGAAGCAUCGCGUUGGCCGGAGGACCGGAGAGGACACGACGGCGUUGCAUGGAUCGCCGGUGACGAUGAAGAAAUCCGGCGGAGGCAACGGUAAGAGGGUUUUGUGUUUGGAUUUGAAUCUGACUCCGUCAGAGAACGAAAAUCUGAAGUUGAAGCUUGGCAGGAUGGUUUUUUGACUUUGACCUUUACACACACACACACGUAUUAUACGUUUAUCUCUGUGAAUUAAUUAUUUGGUUGUCUUCAAUUUUGUUUUAUGGGCCGUUGAUUAGUUUUGUAUACAUAAAAUUUACACCGGUAACGUAAUUAUGAAAUAUAUGAUGUGCGUAGAUACAUAAAUAAAUCUUGUUUUCCCGGUUUAGAGAAUUACAGUGUUUACAGUUUUAAUUGUUUUCACAUUAAUAUCCGUUUUGCAAAGUUAUUUUCUUGGGAGAAAAAAGUUAGGUUUUCCAAAUAUGGAUUAAGUCAUAAUCUAAUACGAAGUCAAUGUUUGGUACA